GAAAUGGAUUCAUAUAAGUACGAUAGGUUAAACAAAACAACGUGCGGCCUUUUCGGUAGUCACAUUGUCCAAAGUAAGGUUGGGAGCGACGUUUAAUAGUAUAACGCAUAUAACGUAAGUACCCAAUAUUUGCAUUUUCGUCGUGUUCAAUCAACGCGGCCAUGUCGUCGUCGUCCCCAGAGGUCGUGGGCAAGGCGAUCCCACGCGACAACGGAUCCAACGGAGCAGCCGACGCACUUCCUGCGCUGAAACAUAAGAAGAAGUCCAAGAAGAAGAAGAAGAAGCAUGGUGGGCUCCUUGCAGUCUCAAGUCCAUUGGGACCAGUGGCCUCGAAUGGACCAGUCGUCGCAGAAUUGCCAAUCGCGGCGGCAGCAUCACCCAUUCAACUUCGAACGACCAAAACGAAGAGCAAACGCAAGUCCAUCGUGCAAGCGAAACGACCUCUCGAGAAGGCUUUGUCGGAGGUCGAAGUCGCGUCGAAGCGGCCUCGUGGGGACGACACGGUGGACGUGGCGGUUGCAAAGCCAACGUCAUUCGAGGACGCUGUGCGAUUCAUGCAAAAGCAUGUCAAGCAAGGCGAUAGCUCCGAGAGCGACGAUGACAGGAGGAAACCACCAGCGACCAGAUCCUUCCCAACGCAAGGCCUUCAUGCUGCACCAGGCUCGGACGACGACAUGCCACCACACCAAACCCAACGAGCCAAGACUAGUGUGAAACCUGUCAAGGCCAUGACGAAGAACAAGAUAGCGACGCCCACGGCUCCUAUCGUCCAGCGAAGCGAUGCAUGGAAGGCCGACAGGACGACGCCUCCUGCAGUGCGCGUGGCAUCGUCGAAGCAGCCGACAGCAGCGACCAAGAGGAGUGCGGCGGGGACCAAGGUCAAGAAGGGCGAAGACGCCAUGCCAAGUCGCGUUCUCGUCAAGGGGAAGCAAGCUCAAGCCCAGCCUAAACGCGAACCAGCAUACAACCACGGACACGCGUUGAGCACAGUCAUAGGUAGGAAGCCUUUGGUGGUCAAACUGGCCACAGCAACUGCGAAACCACCACCGGCAUUGGAACUCUCCAGCGAGUCCGACGACGACAGGCAAUCUGCUGCGCCCAAACCUACCGACCAAGUGACACCGGCCGCAGCACAGAGCACCUCGUUGGAUGCGUUGUUGCUACAGAAAACAUUGCAUUUCCCAACAGACAACUCGAGCGACGAGUCCGAUAGUGCGGCGGCAUUGCCUCGGACGUUCCACCUCCCGCAACCCGACGACGACGACGACGACGAUGACGUGGACACAAAGGAAGCUUGUCGACCAAAACCACCAGCGUCCAGUGGCCACACCAUCAUGGGACGAGCAUCAAGUGAAAAGUCAAAUGCCCAAGUUGUGUCGUCCAACGUUGCCAACAAGACGCCGACGCGGCCAAGCAGCGCCAGAUCCGACACGGAUAGCCACCAGAAGGAACGUCUACCUUCAUCGCGUCCCCACCACACACGACCAGUCUUCGACGCCACCCCCCCCACUUCUGUAACGAUGCAAGGCGAAGGCGGUAGCGAUUCCGAAGCCGAGGCCGUGUUGACCCCCCAGAAAUUCCGCGCCGCAGAUCCAGCGUCCUCGGAUAGCGACGUGGCGGAAGUCAAGGUGACAAAGCGUCCAUCUGCCGCGCCCGCAAGACGUUGGACGAAUCGACCCACCGUGGUGAGUUCCCCCUUGGCAUCCAACGGUACGACAAUCUCCAAGAAACGAAAGAUGGCGCCGCCCACCGGAUCUGGUGCUGCCAUGCUCGACGAGGCCGUGAAAGUGAUGCAAAAGAAACUAUAUCCAACGCUGCAAGGCACCACCGGCGGCACACCAACGACGACGUCGGCCUUGUCCAAGGCGGGCAAAACUACGUUCAUGAACGCGCUCAUCGACUCGGCGGCGUUGGAUCAGUGGAAUCUCGUCGAAAUGGGGCGGCUCGUCCGCCUCUUUUGCCACCAGUGGGGCUGCAAACGCAAGAAAACUGCUCGGUUUCUCCUGCAAAACUGCCCCGAGUUUGUCUGCGCCGAGUUCCUCGAAGGGCUUAACAUCACCCUCAAAGUCGACCAAAUCGUCGGCCUCAUGCGACGCGGGUCCACGUCCAUGGCCGGGUUCGGGUCCAAGCUGUGUGCGUGCAUCGAGUCCGACAUGAUUCGCCUUGGUGACGACGCGUUCUUGGCGUGCGUAGCCGACGUCGUCGAUCUCGCGACGAUGACCCAAGACGAGAUUGCCGACUUUGUGUCGCCGUUGAUCGAGAGCGCCAACUACAUGGCCGACGCGUGCAAGCUGCUGCACGCUGUGUGUGAGCACUGGCCCGUGGACGUGAUGCAGUCGUUUGUCCAGCGCGUGCUGCUGCUCAACGCCGUGUUUGACGACCUCGAGGGCGACCCCGCCGACAUGUCCAAGUACUUUCCCCACUGCGCCUUCGAUCUGCCGAAUCGUAUGCUGCGAGACCUGGAAGACAUGGACGAGAACGGCAACUUGAUUGACUUUUGCACGGGCGAAGAUGACAUUGAGUACGAACAGCGGACCAGCGCCGAUGAAUUGGACGCCCUCGACGACCUCAUCGACAACUCGCCCCAAAAGAAACAAACCAAGGGAGCAAAGAGUGCGAACGACGACAGCAGCGACGAGCCAGACUCGGACGACGACGACGAUCCCCACGUCGUGCUGGGCGACGAAGGCUCGGAUGACGACCAGGUGCAGCAGUGGCAUCAAGGUCCAAGGUCGAGUAUGAAUCGUCGUCGAAAGCGGAGUAUGUUUAUACUGGACGAAGCGUCCGAGGAAGAAGAGUACGAGAGCAGCGACGACGAGGACGACAACGACAUGGACAUGGCAACGUACAACUCGGACGGUGAAAUGGCUAUGCCCGGAGACCGAUCGAAUAUCUAUGCUGAGCAACCACAUAACCACGACCAGCACGACAAAAGCUGCUCGGAAGACAUGGACGUCGAUGAAGGAGAAUACACAAAGAACCGUGGAGGUGCCGACUCUGAAAGCGACUCUGAUGACGUGCAAGUCGAAGGCUACCGGGAUGAGGAGGACGAGGAGCCGACAGUCGAAAGCGCUAAGGCUGGGGCGGAUGGAGGGAGCAGUGGCGACGAUGUCGCAGCUGAUGGGGACUCUGAAGACGGCGAGCAGGCCCAAACAGAGUCCCAAGACGAUGUAGCAAGCGGUGGAGAAAGAGAUAGUAGCGACGACGACGACGACGAGUAAAUGAGAUGUUGCCCCGGUUGUAUCAACAUUUUGCGGACUUUAUUUGAGCAUUCGCAAGGAUGACAGAGGACAAUGUUGAUUGUUG